ACGAGUUUGCAGCUAAGAGAGAGAUAGAGAGAAAGCGCCACCAAAAUGAGCGGGUCCUUCUUGAGAAAAUCCAGCAUCCACCGGAUGUUGCGUAGCCACAUUAUCACAGACGCCGGGCUUGACCCAUCCAUGACGGCGACGACAACAAUUCAUUCGAUUAUCAACCACCAGACAACGCAGUCGAGAGCUUCCUUUCGAUUCCCUCAAUUUUUCAGGAAAUCUAGAGAGUUUAAUGAGCUUUCUCCUCCCUUUUUCACCUCUCCUUCAUCCUGUUCUUCUUCAUCGUCUUACUCUUCAUCGAAUGCAGCGGCGUCGUUUGUUGGAUGGUACUUGGCGAUGGUGAAGUCUCGGCCUAUUUUGACAAAGAGUGUCACAUCCUCGCUUAUUUAUGUUGCUGCUGACUUUUCUUCUCAGACAAUUGCACAGCCAGUUUCAGAACCUUAUGAUUUGGUGAGGACAUUGCGAAUGGCAGCAUAUGGUAUGCUCGUUCUAGGACCAACGCUGCAUUAUUGGUUCAACUUUGUGUCAAAACAAUUUCCAAAGCGAGAUUUAAUCACAACAUUUAAGAAAAUUAUCAUGGGGCAGACAAUCUAUGGACCUGCCAUGACAGCUCUUUUCUUCUCCUUGAACGCAUGCCUACAAGGUGAGAACAGUAAUGAGAUUAUUGCCCGGUUAAAGCGGGAUUUGUUGCCGACGAUGAUGAAUGGUGUCAUGUACUGGCCCAUGUGUGAUUUUAUCACUUUCAAAUUCAUCCCUGUCCAUUUACAGCCACUGGUUAGCAAUUCAUUUUCAUAUCUAUGGACAAUUUAUAUGACAUAUAUGGCAAGUCUGGGGAAAGUGGGCGCUGACAGCUGAUUAGCUCAAUGCUUCUGGGUCUUACCUCCCAACUGCACGGCAAUAUACUGGUAGAUGAAACAGUGAAUCAAAUUAAACCAAACUUUUGUUACGCCUUCUCCCAAAAUGCUGUUAUUUUGUCAAUGGUGGGAAGCUCAGUUGAACUUGAUAGUUACAUCUUUCUUUAAUAUAGAUGAGCAGCAACAGUCUCGUCGACUAGUGUAAUUGAAUGGAUAUUGCGUAAGGCAAAUCGUAAUAGUAUUAGAGACA